AUGGCACACUAUAACUGCGGUAUUCCAGGCUGCACUAAUAGUUACAGGUAUGCAUCUAACCUUCAGUAUUAUAGAAUUCCUAAAGACCCUGAUAUACGUAGAAAGUACGUGGUUCUUAUGAGGAACGAGACACUGAAAUUAGAUUCUACGAGUACGUGGAUUUGCUCAGCUCAUUUCGAUGGAGGAGAAAAACUUAGAACACGCUUGCCUUCAAUUUUUACAUGGAGAAAACCGACAGCUCCACGUACAGAAGUCAAGAGGGCCAGUUUCGAAGAUACGCAGAAAAUGGAGCAAACCGAAAAAAGAAAAACAACACUUGCUCAGUUACCACUGGAAGCGAACUUUAAAUUUGAGGAACAGUCGGAAAAUAUUAAUGUUAAUACUGACACCAGUACCAGUGUGGAAAUACAAACAUUACUUACUGGAGACCAACUAAACAGUUUAUAA